CAGGUUUUUCUGUGUCCACGAAAAGCGCAGCAGAGACACGCAAAGAGGCGGAGGCCGUGUAAUCAAAUAAACAUGGUGUUUUUAUUUUCAGGCCUGCUUGUGAAUAAACUAACAGUCUGCGCGAAGCAUCAGACGGUGGGAAGUUAUGUUCAAGCACAAAUUCACAGGCAUGGACGCUUCCUUCCGUGUGAGCGACGCAGGGCCUCAGUAGCCACGUUGCAUUGCUUUUAAUUGCCCAGAAUAACUUCUUAUGUUGUGUUUAUGUGCGAUCAAAUGACAUGUAACUGUCAGGCUGAUCCUGUCUGCAGAUCUGACCUCUAGCUGGACGAUUUCCCCUUUUAAAAGUGCUGCUUUUUCUAACUUGAAGGUCAUCAAACUCUCUUGAAAACAAGGAUAAAGUCUACUUAAAAAAAGGCAACAUGUAUAUUAUAUUUAAAUUAGACCCUUCAGACAGCAACACACAGAUGGACUUUGCUUCUCAAUGUCUUUUUUUUUUUAUUGACGGCAUGUAUAAUCACACGCACCUCAUAAAACAUUUAUUGAUACAUAAAGACAUUAUUGCCCUCCUUUGAAUGAAUACAAUAAUUUCACAACUGCCGUUUCCGGCUCAGCUUUUAAAAAUUAAACCAACCCAGAAAAUAUGUUUCCUGGCCGAAUAUUAACAAUGGAUACAGCGCAUUGUGAACGGAAAUGGCGUCUGUUAUUUUACAGCAUGUUAUUACAUCUAUUUUACGAGGACUCCGUAAGUCUAUAAAGCAUUUUACAAGCAUUGAGGGUAUCAAGACGAUAUUAGAAGUGUUUUCUCAUACAUUGAGAUACGGGGUGUUGGUGCACUGUGUGUGUGUGAGGGAGGAAAUGUGUCUUAUUCCUUUUUUUUUUUUUUUUUUUUGAGCUGCUUGUAUUGUUGCAGCGUCCUGCAGCCACCCGCACAUGAGAAACAGAAGAAGAAGAAGAAGAAAAAGCCAUUUGCAUUCAUUUGAGCGAUUGUUUUCUCCCUCCAGUCACAUCUGAUGGGGCUUUUUAUUAUUUGAGAAAUGAAAAGCUAAAUUAAACCUGACGAAAAAAAAGAGAGAGCGCAAGGGCAGGAUUGAUUUACUCGCUGUAUUGGUAAAUAUGACCACGUGAUCCAUGUAACCAAUCCCUGUAGAUGCAGGCCAGGAAAAAUACUAUGAUUGUUCAUAGAGGGAAGCUUCCCGUAACAGUGCAACCCUUAUUAUAUGAGUAGGAAGAGAUCAAAAAUGUCUUCCAGUGGCACUCUCAGUAACUGCUAUGUGGACGCUAUCAUGGGGCAGGAGCCGGAGGAUGUGUACGGUGCUCGCUUUAUUCAGGCUCCACACUCGGUGACCCCAAGGCCGUCAGGUGCUGGAGACAACGCAGACUUCUCCUCUUGCAAUUUCGCACCCAAGUCCGCCGUUUUCCCGUCGUCUUGGUCCACGGUUCACCCGCAGGGGAUUUAUCAUCCGUACGUGCACCACCACCACCACCACCAGUCCCAUCUCCCCGCGUCGGACGGCAGAUAUGUAGGCGUCCGCUCCUGGAUGGACCCCAUCUCCAACCACGUUUCGUUCGCCGGAUUUCACCCCAGCAGUCGGCAGUACGGGACAAAGCCAGAAGUCUUGCCACCGAAAGCUACAGAGUGCGACACGUUGGAGGCUGAGGCUCGGCCGCUCGCCGGCGAAUUCGCGUGUGGAGUAUCGGAGUGUCCAGAAAAAGCGAGCAAAGAGCACAGUGGAAGUGAGCUUUCGAGCCACAGCGAGCCCAAAGAGGAGAAACAACAACAACUUGACCCAAACAACCCUGCAGCAACCUGGAUUCACGCGCGCUCCACGAGAAAGAAGCGAUGCCCGUACACAAAAUAUCAGACUUUAGAGCUGGAGAAGGAGUUCCUCUACAACAUGUAUCUGACAAGAGACCGACGCUAUGAGGUGGCCCGCAUACUCAGUUUAACCGAGAGACAAGUGAAGAUCUGGUUCCAGAACAGGAGGAUGAAAAUGAAGAAGAUGAACAGAGAGAGGAGCGGCAAGGACCUGCUAUGAAAUCACUGCCAACUCACACAUUUGUAUACCCUAAGGAAGCCAUCUGAACAAUUAAAUUCAUUUUGGUAGGAGCCUCGGUAGCCAUUUUAAAACCAUUUUUUAGACCCCUCUAGGUAUAGCGUAAUAUUGCGUGUCAGUGUCAUAACGUGUUGGCCAAAUAUGCAUCAAAAUCACAUGUGCAGGAAUUUGUCUUUGGUGGAUAUAAGACAGGAUCCGUCUCAUAUUAAAAAAAAUGUUAUUUGUUUUACACAACCACAAGCAGCCUGUGCUUGGAGGAAACGUGCCUAUGUGUAUUGCUUUUAUAGUUGUUAAGAAUUUGGAGUUGUAUAUAAAACAUUUUCACAGCUGAAACACUCUGACUGCUGUCUGUUGUCGGUACACACACGGAGAUUACGCACGGUGCUUUGACCCAUUUCCAAGACUUUAACUCUGAAAUAACUGACAAUGAGGUGCGUGACUG